UAAUUAUUUUAUUUAUUUUAAUCUACUAAUGAUUAUAUUUAGUUCAGUAAUGCUGACAUAACAGGCUCAUAUAUACGGCUAACAGUCAUUUUGCUAACGACGUUGCCUUAAACCAAUUGGACUUAGCAUAAGCACACGUUAGCAGCCAGUCAUUGUCAGCCAUACACACGCCUUACCUCUUUGCUGACAACCGGCUGGAGUUUUCCUUUUAUUUGCUCCCAAUUAACUUGCUGCAAGUUGGCAUGUUGCCCGAUAAUAAGAACCGGGCGAGUCUGUGGGUCAGAGUCGCCGGCUAACGCCUUGUACUCCAAAGCCACAUUCGCCAUUUUUGUCAUUCGGUGCUAGCUAGUUGGCUAGCUAACGAGUAGAAAGCCAAAAGCAGUGCCGGCGACGGAAGCCGAGAAGACUCCUGCAAUGACACCGACAUGUCCUUGAACGCAACGUUACCAAUGUGGAUGUGGCAGUGUGCAAGGCAUGCUUUAAACCUUGCAAUCCAACCUACCUCAGUGUUCACCGCGUCAGCGAGUAAGGCAGCCCAGUGGGUGGGCGUGUAGCCUCUGUAAUCCAACAUGAAGUCCAAAGGGUCUGCCUUGUGUGCGGCCUGCAGCAGAGUGUGCAGUAGCUGUGUGUGGCCACGGGAUGCGGCGAGGUGCAACGCCGUCCUUCCCCGAGAGUCUCGACACAGAGCAGAGGCGCCGUGCUCCAACAAAGCUGAGCAGGCUGAAAGCCAACCCCCAAAUUCCCAGGGAUCCUUCAGCCUGCUCUGAUGAAGGAACAGCAGGAUGGAGACCUCGUCCAAGAAACCUGAUGUCAGAAUGUUGUGACAUUUAAACGGAGAGAAAAAAAAAACAGAUAAAGGAAGAGUCAUAUAAUGGCGGCAUCAUCAGUCGGUCAGGGAACAGUGGACUUUGGCAAUAGCAAUGAGGCAGAUAUGAAGGAACGAAAGCAGGAAUGGGCUGAACUCAAGGACUCCCCUCAGGACAGUGGGGACAUUCAGACAAACCAGUACAGCUCCAUCUCGCCUCCCUCUUCACCAGUGGGCCUCGAGGAGCCCUUCUCCACUUACUUUGAAGAGAAGGUGCACAUUCCUGAAAAUGCCAAUCAGGUGUUCAGUUUUCGUAAACUUUGGGCUUUCACUGGGCCUGGGUUCUUGAUGAGCAUCGCUUACUUGGAUCCAGGGAACAUUGAAUCUGACCUGCAGUCUGGGGCUAAAGCUGGAUUUAAGCUCCUAUGGGUGCUUUUGGGAGCCACAGUCAUCGGGCUGCUUUUGCAGAGGUUGGCCGCACGUCUGGGUGUCGUCACGGGGAUGCACCUGGCUGAAGUCUGCAACCGGCAGUAUCCCACCGUCCCCAGAAUCAUCCUGUGGCUGAUGGUGGAGUUGGCCAUUAUCGGUUCAGAUAUGCAGGAGGUGAUUGGCUGUGCAAUAGCGCUCAAUCUCCUCUCUGUGGGAAGGAUUCCCUUAUGGGCAGGAGUCCUUAUUACCAUCACAGAUACGUUUGUUUUCCUCUUUUUGGACAAAUAUGGUCUGAGGAAACUCGAAGCUUUCUUUGGCUUUCUCAUCACCGUAAUGGCGAUAAGUUUCGGUUACGAGUACGUGCUCGUGAAACCGGACCAGGGUGAGGUGCUGAAGGGUAUGUUUGUUCCCUACUGUGCCGGAUGCGGGCCUGUGCAGCUGGAGCAGGCUGUUGGUAUCGUAGGCGCCGUCAUCAUGCCGCACAACAUCUACCUGCACUCGGCUCUAGUCAAAUCUCGAGAGGUGGACCGUCGAAAUCAGAAGGAAGUCAAAGAAGCCAACAAGUAUUUCUUCAUCGAGUCAUCCAUCGCGCUCUUCGUCUCGUUCCUCAUCAAUGUGUUUGUUGUCGCCGUCUUUGCUCAGGCCUUCUACAAUAAAACCAACAUGGACGUGAACGUCGAGUGCAAUGCAACCAGCAUUCCUCACAAAGAUCUUUUUCCUUUAAACAACGAGACCCUGGAGGUUGAUAUCUAUAAAGGGGGCGUGGUUCUCGGCUGUUUCUUUGGCCCAGCUGCACUCUACAUCUGGGCCAUCGGGAUCCUUGCAGCAGGCCAGAGCUCCACCAUGACUGGCACCUACUCUGGCCAGUUCGUCAUGGAGGGUUUCUUGAACCUGCGCUGGUCUCGGUUCGCGCGAGUGCUGCUGACCCGCUCCAUUGCCAUCACGCCGACGCUGCUGGUGGCCAUUUUUCAGGACGUGCAGCAUCUGACGGGGAUGAAUGACUUCCUCAAUGUGCUGCAGAGCAUGCAGCUUCCGUUUGCUUUGAUCCCAAUCUUGACCUUCACCAGUCUGACGUCCAUCAUGAAUGACUUUGCAAAUGGCUUGGCAUGGAAGAUCUGUGGUGGUGUCCUGGUAUUACUGGUCUGUGCCAUCAACAUGUACUUUGUGGUGGUUUACGUGGCGACGCUAAACAGCGUGCCACUCUACUUGCUGGCGGCUCUUCUCUGCAUAGCCUAUCUGUGCUUUGUAGGCUACCUGGUGUGGCAUUGUUUGGUGGCCCUGGGGGUCUCUUGCCUGGACUUUGGCAGCAGGAUGGGAUUGGUGCGGCACACGGAUAUUUACUUACUGACUGACAUGAACGCGGACGGUUGGAGCGAGAGAUAGUAGGCGCUCGCAUUGUGAGGGGAGACAACACGCCCGAAAAUGCUGAUAGAGACCACAAGAGAAUGGCCAGUAUGUUUGCUUAUUCACCUUUCAGUGCCUUCCGCUUCCAAGUGUCCUUAAAAGUGCCCUCGAUGCUCUUGGUUUUAAAACAAAUGCCUCCGCCAGCCUUAGACAGCCUUCUUUUCACAGAAUCAUGUUGAUGCAAAAAAAUAAAUAAAUAUAUAUAUAUAUAUAUAUAUCAUAUAUAUAUCAUAUAUAUAUCAUAUAUAUAUAUAUCAUAUAUAUAUAUAUACAUCAUUUAUAUAUAUAUAAAUGCAACCCAAGACAAUAACAUGGAGUAGUGUAUGAUACUGUGACGCACAUACAAAAAGAAU